AUGGCCUCCCGAACGCCAACAAGCACGCGCAGUGCGCGGAACGCGCCUGUUGUCAAUGUCKUCGAUAUGGAAGACAGCGGUAGCGAUGACGCUCUGUCCCACGGGACCGAGAAUGCGGAAGAGUCCGAAGGUGACGGCGAAGGCGAUGAAGAAGAAGAAGACGAAGAAGACGAAGAUGAAGAGAUCCAGGAGCCCGAAAUGGAAGAUGUACCCUUUCCGCCUCCUGGUUUGAAGGAAAUCUCGUCCCUGGCAUCUUGGACAGUGAGCACUGCAAAGCCCGGAAAUGGUGUUGCUGCGCUACGUUCCCCAGACACCAGUCUCUUCUGGCAGUCAGAUGGCCCACAACCUCACCUGCUAAGUAUCCAUUUCUUCAAGCUCGUGUCAAUCGUCCACAUGAGAGUCUUCUUGGACUUUUCGAAUGACGAAUCUUACACGCCUACCAAGAUCCAAUUCCUAGCGGGCAUGGGAGUCCACGACAUUCAGGAAUUCGCYGAGAUGAGCUUUGAGCAACCGACUGGUUGGAUUGAUGUGGACUUCACCAACGUUGGUCCCAUCGAGCAUGAUGGCGACGACGAUGAUCGAGAUAGCAGAGAGGUUGAUUGGAGCAAGCAGCCAGUCCUUAGAGCUUUCUUGAUUCAGGUACGAAUCCUCGAGAAUCACCAAAACGGCAAAGACACACAUCUUCGCGCUGUUCAGCUCUUCUCCAGGGACGACACUCACACAAGCAGGAGGACGGUACCAGCUCUUGCCCCGGAGAGGAGCCCGCGGAGGGGCGCCAAAACGCAGCCUCUGCCGGACAAACCAAAGGCCAGAUCACAGAAGGUUGAGGCGAAUAACAUCAAACUAACUGACUGGAUGACGGAGCCGGAUCUGAGGUGA